AAGCUUGGUAUAAAGUUAAUAGAAAAAUAAAUUUUGUAUUUCUAAAGUAAAUCUUUCUAAAAUGUUAAUCCCUACAUGCGUCAUCAAAUUAAUGGAAUUGAUGUUAGCAAUAGCCUGCCUCACUCUACACAACUACAGCUAUGACUUGACAGAUAUCUCUACUCUGAUGCUCUGUUCCGGAACCUACGUCGGUUACGUCGUUGUACUCUCUGGAGAGAUAGUUGGGGAAAUAAUUAUCGCACCACUGGAUCUCGUCCAAGACAUGUUCUUUGGGAUGGUCGGUGUUGUCUUGUUCUCGAUAAGCGGUGGACUGAUCCUUAGCGCGAGAACAAAGUCCAGCAUUUAUCCCAGAACAGGCAACCACACUAUUGCUCUUGUAACCGGAUCGCUGGCUGUUCUCAACGCGUUGGUGAUGCUGUUCGAUCUGAGCUUGGCGUAUUUGGACAGUGAACAGUUUGACGAUGAAGCUAGUGUUUAAGCUGAAGCGGUGUCGGCGGCGGCGGACGCUUACGUCGACGCCUGGUGGUCAGCCACUGGUGGAGUG